UCCACAGCACGCACCUCGAUCGCCUCCUCCUCCGCCCAAACCCUAGGCCGCCGCCGUCUCGCACCCACCGCCGCCCGCCGCCCGCCUCCUGCGUUGCGGCAUUUCCACGAGCACCUCGCGCGCCUCUCCCCUCCGCGCCGCGGCAGUUCGGCGUUUCCGCGCGCCCUUGCGAUGGCUCGCGGCCUACGAGCCAUGGCCCGGGAGGCUCUAGACCUCCACACCGCCGGCCAGAACGACGAGGCGCUGGCCUGCGCCACCGUGCUCGCCCGGGCCAACCCGGACUCCGCGCUCGCCCUCAACCUCGUCGGCACCCUCCACGUGCAAGCCUCCAGCGUGGCGUGGAACGAAAGGGCCCCCGGCGACGACGAGGCUGCUGCGAAGUUGGAGGCGUCUCACCACCGCGACGCCCUCGAGGCCUUCUCCGCCGCUGCGCGCAUCGCGCCCAACUGCGUCAUGACCGGCGUCUACCGCGCCCAGGCGCUCACCGCCAACCAGCGGUUCACGGACGCGAUAUUGGAGCUAUUCCGCGUCCUCUCGACGACCGACAACCACGCCGACCCGGCGGUGAACCACGUCGGGUACGACGUUACCGGAGGCAACACCGCCAAGUCGAGGAAGGCUGACGCUGUGCGCAAGGCCGGCGACAUCAUGGAGGACUUGACGCGCAUGGUCAACAACGACGUUGUGCCCGUACAGGCCGCCAGGUGGCUCCGCGAGGACGCCACUGCUGAUCAAGUGCGAGCGCGUAUGAAGCUUCUCGCGGAGGCCUAUCCUUACUCGAUGCGCGCCCAAUUGUUCCGCGUACACAUGGAAUUGGAGCAAGUCCGUGCCCUCGACCAGGGAUUUCUCAGGAAGGGGCUUCUGCGCGGCGUUCUCGCCCUGAUUUCUCAAGCGGCUGGUAACUUCGACCGCUCGCUCCUGAUUGCCUUGUUCCACGCCAAGGUCUUGUUCGCCCUGGAUGAUUUCGAUGGAGCGGAGAGAGAGUGCCGCCGAGCACUUCGCAUCGAGGAGCCGAUUGACCCCAGGUUCGACGAAAUACCUCCUGCUGUAUCUGUUCCCGGCGCAGAUUACGAAUCCAGAGUAUCUUCUGUCAAGAGACAGCUCCGUAUCUUGCUCAAGCGGAUCAUAGUUGUGGCUGCCGUAUGCUGGAGCUCUAUCCAAACCACGCAACAGGGCGACAGGGUUGACAGGGUCAUAUCACUGAGGAUUGACAAGCUGAAGGAGCACUAUGAUGGAAUCGACAAGUCGGCGGCCAAGACCAUAUCUGAUGUAGUGCGCUUUCUCCAGAAUCAGAGUUCAUGGAGUUUCUUUGUUUGCCCCAAUACCAGUUGUAAUGGAAAAAAGUUUUCGGACACUGAAUCGCUCUGGGUACACAUGCGCAAGAAGCACCGAGAUGAGCUCUGGGAUAAGCUGCAGUCAGUCUUAGGUUCAGAUCUCUAUGAAAAUGCAGCAAAGGAUGAUGAUCACCCGUUUGAUGCGAUAACUCUUCGUCAAGAUUCAGACAAGCAUGACAUCUUCCAUUUACCAAUGGUGCAACCUAUGUUUGAAUCCUUGCUCCUUUCACCAUCUGUUGGAAUCCAAGCAGAACCCCUUGCUGAAAUGCGACAAAGGAAAUGCACAGAAGGAGCUGAGAUCAUUGCGGAUAUCAAGAAGAAGCUGAGGAUGUUGCCUAAAGAUGAACUUAGCACCAAGUAUGAGGAGUUGUGUUUCACAAUACAUGACUUGUGGCUUAAGUUCCUCAAAACUUCUGCUCUGGAUCAUCGUGAAGUCAUCCUUCCCCUUGCGAGAUCAUUCCAAUGGAUACAAAUGAAAAAUUCGAUUGCUCUUAGCGCAAAGGAUCUUGGUAGGUUCAUUGGGGAUGCCGAUAUAGACAUUAUGCCUGCUGCCCCUGACAGGAAUGUUUCUCUGGUACAUGGCUCAAAACCCUCACACGCCAGCAAUAUUGACAACUCAAGUGGUGAAAACCUACAGACAGAAAACUUGCAGCCUUUGUGCUCAGACGAGACACUUAAGGAUGGUGAAAAAUGUGAAGAAAGUGAGGUUCAUGUUGUAGAUAGCAAUUCUGAGACCAUGGUAGACCAAAGAUCUACGGAUCCACCAAUUGACGUUCUUGCAGGAAGUGCAGAGGUGGAACUUGAAAAAAAAGGUUACAUCUAGACAACAUCUCUUGCC